UUGUUCCAGAAGGCUUUUGAAAAUCCAGCUGCAUUGUCCAUACAUCUGACUGAACGUAUGACGGGGUAUCGACUUGGCGGCAUUGAUAUGAUACUACUACCACUGUCUACAUAUGGCUUUUGGUAUCUCAUGGUUGCAAACUUCAGGAAAAAGGUCUUUGAGAUUUUGCACCCAAAUAACAAGAUUGAUCUCAUUUGUGACGAAGCAAACACGGUUGUUAGGAACUUCAAGAACGCUUUUAGCAUAGCCAACCCAAGAGCUCAAGUCAAUGUUUUUGACAUGGACACAAAGUUCCGCAGUGUUUCAUACUCAAUAAAAGAGGCUGAUAGCGGUAUUUUUGUCUUGAAACUUAUCCAAAGCCAUGAUGGAGAUACUAUUUUAUGUUUUGAGCCAGAAAAGGCAAAGGCAUUACGGGAAAUGCGAACAUAUUACCUGAUUGUGCAUCCAUGUAAUGAGUGUUUGAUGCCAGAAACAAAGGAAAUCCUGUCUAAGCAUGUAAGUCUCACAUGCCUCCUUUUUUUUGUGUAUUCUAUUUAGCAAUUCAUUUUCAAAGGUUUUCCUUUACAAAAUUGGCUAACUCUUCGUUCUUUUUUGUUCUCUUGAUUACACCCCUGCACAAUGUUCCUUUUGAUUACAAGGUAUUUUUUUUUUGUAAAUGGGAACUUCGAUGUUUACAUACACUUAUUUCAAUUCAUUUUUUUCCAUACUGUUUUUUAUGACAAUUAUUUUACUGAACAAUUAUUUUUUAUGAAGUCAAACCUUUUGAGAAACUAAAGGGUCGGAGAUAGCACAUUCAGUUCCUAGACAUUGCAAAAUUUUAUUACUGAUAUGGGUUAACAUAGCUUAUGAUUCAUGGCAAAACACAUGCGGAUCCCUUUUUCAUAUGUCAGAUUUUUAUUUCUUUUCGGUAGAAACCAUCAAAUACUUUGCGAUGUG